AUGCACGCUGCGGAAGGCCAACGGUUCGAUGUGAAGGCGACGAAACGACUGCUGAGAAAAAUCGACAUCCAUAUCCUUCCCAUCAUGUGUCUUAUCUGCCUACUUUGCUUUCUCGAUCGUGCAAAUAUUGGAAAUGCCCGGCUAGAUAACUUAGAGUCAGAUCUUCACCUCGUCGGCCUGCAGUAUAAUGACUGUCUCGCCAUCCUGUUCCCAUUCUAUGUAAUGGCAGAAAUACCUAGCAACAUCAUGAUGAAGCAUACAAAACCAUCCACAUGGUUAGCAUUCAUCAUGUUCGCUUGGUCUGCUUGCAUUAUCGGGCAGGGUUUCGUGACGAACUACCAGGGGCUUAUGGCUACACGGGCACUCCUUGGGACCUUCGAGGGUGGCUUCUUCCCCGGCAUCAACUUCUAUAUCACCCAAUGGUAUCCUAGGAACGAGUGUGGUUUGCGUAUGGCCAUCAUCUUCUCGUCUGCGACCAUUGCCGGCGCUCUCGGGGGCAUUGUGGCGCGCGGCAUCGCUGAGAUGAGCGGCGUCGGUGGGCUUUCCGCAUGGUCCUGGAUUUUCAUUAUUGAGGGCCUCGCGAGCAUUGUCGUCUCGGUUCUAGCGUAUUGGGCUAUUCACGGUUAUCCUGCAAGUGCGCAUUUCCUAACCCCGGCCGAGCGGCAUGAGGUGGAAAGGCGUCUCAUAGCAGACUCGGGCUCUCUCUCCAACGACUUCGACGUCAAGUACAUCUGGCAGGCAUUCUUGGACUGGAAGAUCUACGUCCACAUGGUCAUCUGCAUGGGCGGUUUCUGCGCUGUUUACUCCUUCUCGCUUUUCCUGCCUACCAUCAUCAAGAACAUGGGUUACUCAGCCAACAACGCGCAGCUCAUGAGCGCUCCGCCCUACGUCCUCGCUUGCCUUUUCGCCAUUACCGGGAGUCGAUUGGCCGAUCGGUGUCGUCAGCGCGGCGUUUUCCUGCUAGGCUUCCAGCUCGUCGCGAUAUUGGGACUCGCCAUGCUCGCCGCGAGCGUGAACCCAACUAUCCAAUAUGCAGGAACGGUAUUUGCCGCCGUCGGAAUCUACCCCCAGAUCCCACUCGGUCUGGCGUGGAACGGUAGCAACAUCGGUGGCAGCCUCAAGCGCGCAACUGGAAUCGCUAUGCAGGUCGCGGGAGGGAACUUGGGGGGAAUUAUUGCCUCGUAUGUCUACCUGGCGAGGGAUGCGCCGCGUUACAUCGUCGGUCAUAGCAUCUUGAUCGGAUCCGUCGGACUCGCCUUCAUCAUGACGCUGUUUAUGACGAUUUGGUGCCGUGGGGAAAAUGCUCGGCGCGAUACUAUCGCAAGACAAACACUAAUAGUGGAGUUGACCGUGGAGCAGAAGAUGCAGGAACGGGAACUCGCGGACGGAGUCCCGUGGUUUAGGUAUACCAUCUGA